UACAAAUACCCUUUUUGCGCGAGGUGAUUGGGCAUGGGAGUCGAAGUAAAUUAGUAAACACGCCAUCUGGCUUGAUUCCGUGAAGGGAAGAGUGCGACCAUCGAAAAUUUCUCACCCGCAACUUCAUUCGAAGCUUUCGUGGGGAUAAGAAAACUAAACAGUAGAGCAACCUCAGAAGACGAGUAUGGAUGAAGUUAAUCAAACCUUAAAGAAGCAGAUAGCAGCACUUUUGCGGGUUAUCUCUGCAGCUAAUUACUAUAAACAGGAUAAUGUUCCUUGCCAAAUCGAAGAGGGUCUUUUCUUGGGUUCAGUUGGCGCUGCAGCUAACAAGGAUGCACUUAAAAACUUUAAUGUUACUCAUGUUUUAACUGUGGCUAAUACUCUGACACCCGCACAUCCUGAUGAUUUUGUAUAUAAAACUAUAAAUGUUGUUGACAGAGAGGACGCAGACAUAAAACAAUACUUCAACGAGUGCUUUGAUUUUAUUGAUGAAGGAAAAAGAGUUGGAGGGACUUUAGUUCAUUGCUUUGCUGGAAGAUCCAGGAGUUUCAAAUUGAGAAGAUUCGUGAAUUUGGCUCUGAUUUGCUUCUGGAUACAAGAAUCAAGUGUCGCAGUGCAGAAGUCAAAGGCGAUUGGUGAUACUUUGUAAACAUGAAGGUAAAUAAGAUUUACCGUGAAUCCAGAAAAUGUAUCAAGACGGCAUGAGACCGUCCUUGACAGUAGUGCAUGUUGGACCGUUAUUAAUCUUAGUACCGGAGUUUCGGAUUCAAUAUAAUUUCAGUACCGUGUUGGAAUCUUUCUUCAUGAGAAAAAGAAAGUAUUCUGAUUUAUGACAUGCCAACCAUGUCUAAUAAGUUUUGCUUUUCCUUACAAAUGUAAUGCCUUAAUUUGCUGCUCGCGGUGGCCAGGAAUCCAAGGGAAUACGUUAAUUGAAUA